ACACGGAUUAGAGGCUCGCUGGGAGACAAGCAGCCAGAAGACACACAGAUAAAAGCAAGAAAGGAUAGUGUGGUAGAUAAAGCAUUUGAUAUAAUUUUUUUUUCUCCUAAGGCACUAUACUUCUUAGUCUGUUAUAAAAGAGUGGCUACCUGGAGCGGGACAAUCCAAAUGGACAAGUAUCCUAACUGGACCUCCACACUGGGAGCCAUGUGAUCCGCUCCACUCUACCCACUUGCCUCUACUCAGUCCCCCCUUGUUUUAUACUCUGCGCUGGGAAACCAAAGGAUUUUCUUCUUACCUGGAGCCUCCACUCUGAGGGCUGGCAUUGUGAGGGAGUAACCUCAGGGGAAGACGUUCAUCUUGGGGCACUGGUUGGAGUGUAAGUGCCCCCUGGUCUUGGAGGGCCAGCCAGCAGCACUCCACCCGCACCAUGGAUUACCUGUUGGGGAUAGUGGUGUUGUUGUGCUCUGCGGUGCAGCCACUGAGAGCACUGGAGCCCAAGCACACUGUACCCAGGCUAAAGCUGUCAUUCAAGGAGAUGUUGGAGUCUAGUAAUCUUGUAACCUUCAAUGGCCUAGCCAACAGUUCGAGCUACGAUGCAUUUCUACUGGAUGAGGAGCGAGGGAGGUUAUUGGUGGGUGCAGAGGACCACAUCUUCUCUUUUGACCUUGUGAACAUUAACAGAGACCACCGAAUGAUUGCGUGGCCGGCCACCCCCUCAAAACGGGAUGAGUGCAAGUGGGCAGGAAAAGAUUUAGGGAAAGAGUGUUCCAACUUUAUCCGAGUGCUACAACCGUACAACCAGACACACUUGUACAUCUGCGGCACAGGGGCCUUUCAUCCCAUUUGUUCUUUUCUGGAGAUGGGCAAAAGGGCAGAGGACAACAUCUUUCGAAUGACCCAGCAUUUUGAGAACGGCCGCGGGAAAAGCCCCUAUGACCCCAAGAUGCUGUCCGCCUCUUUGCUGAUCGAUGGUGAGCUGUACUCUGGCACAUCUGCAGAUUUUAUGGGAAGGGACUUCGCCAUUUUCCGUACUCUGGGAGACCACCAUCCAAUCAGAACAGAGCAGCACGAUUCAAGAUGGCUGAAUGAUCCUAGAUUUAUUAGUGUGCACCUAAUCCCUGAGAGUGACAACCCAGAAGACGACAAAAUUUUCCUGUUUUUCAAAGAGAAUGCUAUGGAUGGAGAGCAUACCGGGAAGGCCACCAUUGCAAGGAUAGGACAACUGUGUAAGAAUGACAUGGGCGGCCAUAGGAGUCUAGUCAACAAAUGGACAACGUUCCUCAAAGCUCGCCUGAUGUGCUCUGUACCUGGGGUCAACGGCAUUGACACACAUUUUGACGAGCUACAGGAUGUAUAUCUUAUGAGUGCCAAGGACCCCAAGAACCCACUCAUCUAUGCUGUGUUCACCACUUCCAGUAACAUCUUUAAAGGCUCGGCAGUGUGUAUGUACAACAUGGCUGACAUCAGGAGGGUCUUUCUGGGUCCCUAUGCCCACCGAGAUGGCCCUAACUACCAGUGGGUACCAUUCCAAGGAAGAGUACCCUACCCUCGACCUGGCACUUGUCCCAGUAAGACCUUUGGGGGUUUUGACUCCACCAAGGAUCUACCAGAUGAUGUCAUUACCUUUGCCCGUGGUCACCCAGCCAUGUAUAACCCCGUUCAGCCCAUAGGGGGCCGUCCCAUCAUGGUGCGGACAGAUGUGGACUACCAGUUCUCUCAGCUGGUGGUAGACAGAGUGGAGGCUGAAGAUGGGCAGUAUGAUGUCAUGUUCAUUGGCACAGACAGGGGCACUGUGCUGAAGGUGGUCACCAUCCCUAGGGAAAGUUGGCAUGACCUAGAAGAGGUUGUGCUGGAGGAGAUGACUGUUUUUAGGGAACCCACUCCCAUCACUGCAAUGGAGCUGUCAACAAAGCAGCAACAGCUGUAUCUUGGCUCUGCAUUGGGUGUAUCGCAGAUGUCUCUGCACCGGUGUGAGGUGUAUGGGAAAGCCUGUGCAGAGUGCUGUCUAGCCAGAGACCCAUACUGCGCCUGGGACGGCACCGAGUGUUCCAGAUACUUCCCCACUGCCAAGAGACGCACCAGACGACAAGAUAUUAGAAAUGGUGACCCUCUGUCCCAGUGCUCAGACCUUCAACACCAUGAUGACAUGGAUGGGAUGGGAGGCACUAUUGAAGACAGGACUGUAUUUGGAGUGGAGAAUAGCAGCAUGUUUUUGGAAUGUAGCCCUAAAUCUCAAAGAGCUCUGAUUUACUGGCAAUUGCAGCGUCUCAAUGAUGACCGCAAAAUAGAGAUCAGAUUUGAUGAUAGAAUCCUGCGCACUGACCAAGGCUUGCUGAUCCGCACUCUGACCCAGUCUGACGUGGGGACCUACCACUGCCAGGCUGUAGAGCACGGCUUUAUCCAGCCCCUGAUACGCCUCAAUCUUCAGGUCAUCCCCACACAAAAGCUGGGUGAUAUCUUACCAGGUUUCCCUGUUGUGGGCACCGGUGUGGGUCCCUCUGCCAAACACAGAAUGUGGUAUCGGGAUUUCCUUUCUCUCCUGGACCACCCAGACCUCAACAGCGUGGAGGAGUUUUGCGACCGAGUUUGGAAGAAAGAGCGAAAGCAGAAAAAAGGGAAGACUCCUAAUGUCAAACCUGACCGUGCUGGUGCUAACCCCUUAAUAAGGCCAAAAUCUGUUCCACCUAAAGCUCAAAAACAGCAAGGAGCCCCCCCACAGAGCAGAGUAUGGCUUCAAACAGGAGUGUCAACAGCGGAAGGGACACAGCGGAGCCUCAACCCACCACAACAAAACUUCAGCAGCCAAGCAUCUAAGAACAACCAGAAACCGCAAGGUGCUCAAAAUGCUGGCUCCCAAGCUGUUGGGGGUGCGGCUAGGGUGACCAAUCAGCACGCAGCAAAAUGGAGACGAAUGCAAGAGAACAAGAAGGGACGUAACAGGAGGACCCACGAGCUCCAAAGACCCCCAAGGAGUGUUUGAGGAGGACAAAGCACAACAGUGAAAGACAUAAGCACAAGCCCCAUGCAUCUAAGCAUCUAGACUUUCUAUAGUGUCGUAUUCAAUGUAUGAUCCAGUGACCUCUCCAUUAGAGCAGUUUUAGGUCCAUUACAUUACAACGCUGCUGAACUCACUUAAAUAAUCUGUGAAGUGGACAAUAGUAAAGUAAAGACAAUUCCACCGGAAUUAACUGUAAAUGAGUGGGGACAUGACUGCUUAAGAUGUGGUCAGGCAGCCUUUGGGCUACUGUAAAUAAGCUACAAAAUGAACUGGGUCAGACUAAAGUGUUGGACGUCCUGUGAAGAGACAGUAUAAAGGGGACAGUCUUACAGACUUGUGCACCUGUACAUUGUGCCCUUUCACUAGCGCAUGUGAACUGAUAAAUACAUGGAAUGGAAUAUUUUGGAGAACUGUCAGAAAGGACAGAUUCUUUCCUGGAAACAUUUAAAGUGAGAGCAACGAUUACGCCCUUACUGGUUGAUAAGGGGUUGCCAUCAGUGGCUGUUAUACUGAAGCAUCAUUCACACAAGUCAGCCACUGUGUUAGGACAAUGCUUUAUUAUACUCGACAUGAGGCAAGAAACGCAUUGUGCAUGUCAUUGUCAAUCAAUGUUUAAUAAGCUAGGUAUUUUAUUGACAUUAGAGGUUUUUUACGCCCUGCCAAAUGUAACUUAAAUUCUUUUAUAUUUACUUUCCCUUCAAAACCAGUGCUUUGAAUGUCAGACAAGACAUACAUCAUAAUCUCAUUGUGCUCUUAUACGGUUUCCAUGUAACUUAUUGUGUCAUUGUUUUCUCUGGGAUUUCUAGAAUAUAGAUUCCAUAUGGUUCAUGGCUAAAUGCUGAAACCCUGUUAUUUGUGUGCAUACAUAAUGCAGAUGUAUCGUUGUGUAUAUACAGUACCUAUACAGCACAAGAACGUCACUUGAUUACUAUUAUUUAUUGCUCAUAGUUAUGUGAAAGGGUUACAUUUAUUUUUGAUAUUUUUGCCUCAUUAGUAUAAAGACAAAACAAUGGCAUCAACAGCCAUGAACUGUGGGGUGGACCAACAAACUGAAACUGGAAUCCUUUUUGUAGAUACUGUAUAAUGAAUGAGAAAUGCACAAGUGGCUUGACUCAAAAGCCACACAUUUUCUAGGUCCCACAACAAUAAGCACAAGUUUGUUUUAUUUCAUUUUCUUACAUCUUUCAGUUGUCAAGUUGCCAUCGAGUGUAAAAUAAAUCCCAACCUGAUAAAAGAUUAGCUGUGAAUCUCUGUGAUAGUGGAGAAAAUGUAAAAUCUAGUCUGAGGAGAAGACAUGUUAUUCUGCAUGUGAAUGCUACCUACAGUAAAUGCAUCUUUUUAGUGUCUCUUAGUGUUUUGUGUGAAAGGUGAAGUUCCCUUAAACCAAGGUGUGAAAUACUUUUGUCCUUUUGCCAAAACAGUGAUAAUAACAACACUCCAGCCAAAGUUGAAUGGUCCGCCAUGAUACAGCAGCGCCCUCUGCUGGUCUUCCUCUCUCCUAGCACAUUACAAACAACACGUGUGCCAGUGCAAUAAAUUAGUGCAGAUAUGUACGUAGUCCUGUUUCAAUCCUCUCCUGUUUGACAAAUGAGAGAGCUAAAAGUUACCACUACUGUAACAGUACUUUCUGGCAUGCAUUCAGUUGUCUAAAUAAACAUCUCUGUUAC